AUGGAUCAAGAAACUUCCAUUACCCAAAAGAUGAUGUCUGCCGUCACUGGCAGCAUCCUGACCUCGUUACUUGUCACCCCCCUCGACGUUGUGCGCGUCCGACUACAAGCUCAAUCUGGUCCGUCUCCCUCCAAUGCCUCCACCUCACCCUCUUUUGCGCGCCUUCCUCCCAAUCUCGGCAUCUCCGCUUGCUGUAGAGAAAUCUACUACGUCCCCAACCAGAGCUCAUACUGCAUGGCCUCUUCUGGAGGUCUGGCUGUCGACGAAAUGCUUAUUUCUCAAUGUGUGGCAGAGGAGACUGAGCGACGAACUUUCAACUCCACCAUCGAUGGUCUGAAGAAGAUUGCGAGAAACGAAGGUCUCACAACUCUAUGGCGCGGCUUGAGUCCUACUCUACUCAUGUCCGUCCCGGCCAACGUCAUCUACUUUGCUGGCUAUGACUGGUUGCGCGCAAAUCCGAAUAGUCCCAUGAAGGACCGCGUCUCCGACAACUACGCUCCUCUUUUCGCUGGUUCCAGCGCCAGAAUCCUAGCCGCCAUCGUCGUCGGCCCCGUCGAGAUGUUCAGAACGCGAAUGCAAGCAAGCCACCCUGCAGCUGCCACUCCGACUGGCGUCUUCAGAGACACGUUAUCCGGUGUUCAGGAUAUGGUCAAGACCGAUGGUUACCGCGCCUUGUGGAGAGGCCUUGGUCUUACCCUCUGGCGAGAUGUACCUUUCUCUGCCUUGUACUGGUGGGGUUACGAAUACGGCAGACAGACACUACACAAUGCACGAGAAGGCCCCGCUUCGCACGAACCGACUGGCAGCUUGAAGAACCGCGCAGUCAGCGACCUUGAUCACAAGACGGUCCUGGUAGACAGCUUCGUCGCUGGCGCAAGUGCCGGUGCCGUCGCUGCUUUCGUCACCACUCCCUUCGACGUUGGCAAGACUCGUCAACAAGUCGCUCGCCAUUCGAAAGAUGCUGCUUCUUCAGCUGCUGCAGGAGUGCGCCCCGAGGAACAACUCAUGCCGCGAUUCCUGUGGCACAUUUACAAGACCGAAGGCGCUGCCGGUCUUUUCAAAGGAUGGGGCGCCCGUACCUUGAAGGUCGCACCCGCCUGCGCCAUCAUGAUUAGCAGUUACGAAAUCGGCAAGAAGAUGGCCGGCAGCAUGAACGAGAAGGCUGUCGAUGAAUCAUCAUAG